UGGUGGAACUUAGACCUUGAAAUUGAAAUAAGAUUACUUCAGCUGAUCAGAGGAAGAUCGGCUCCCACCUAUUGAAUUAGCUUGUAGGAGCUGAUGACCAAGCUGAUAACAGAGACACCUGACCAGCCAAUCCCAUUUCUAAUUGAUCAUCUUCAGUCCAAGCAGGGAAACCGUGGUCAGCUUCAGAGGACAUUGUCUGGAUCUGCUGCCCUCUGGGCAGAGAGUGAAACGUCAGAAAAUAAAGGAGCAAGAAGAGAUUUUAGAAGUUAUGAUAAGCCUUGGCAGGUAAAUGCAAAAAAGCCUAAAAAGUCAAAGAGCGACCUUGCUGUGUCCAACAUUUCUCCACCAUCACCGGAGUCCAAGUCAUUGCCAAGGUCAAUAGAGCAUCCUAAAUGGGAUUGGAAGACAAAACCGGAGAACCAUGAUUUUGAUGAACUAAAUCAUAUUCUUCAAGAGAGCAAAAAGCUUGGAAAAGCCCUUGAGAAUCUGUCUCGCAGCAUUGCUAUUUCUGAUGAACUUGAUAAGGACACAGCAGGUUUUAACACCCCCCUUCUCAGACCUCGUGUGAUUGGAGAAUGGAUUGGCCGUGAAGAGAAUGAUGCAGACCCUCUGGCUGCUGAGAUGCUGCAGCCACCAAUACCAAGAAAUAAAAAUGAGCAGUGGGACAGUGAGGAUAGCAGCAGUCCUGGAGGAAGCUUAAAAAUGGAGCCAAAGACCAAAGGAUUGAAACAUCAACAGCAGCAACAUAAGAAACUGCUGGCUGCCAUGCUUUCUCAGGACUCCUUUGAUUCUGCUCAAAGUACAGCUCCAUCUGUAACCGAAGAAGACAUUGACAAUGAAGACGAUGCAAUGGAACUACUGGAGGAUCUUGAUGAUCUCAGAAUGGAAGGAGUAACAAGUGUGGUGUCUUCUGGGAGCAAAUUCAAUCAAACUCGAAGCGCUCAUACGGCUGAGCCUCAAGCAAAGGUUACAUUGAAUAUCUGUGCAAGAUGUGCCAGAUUGCAAGGGGAUAAUUUGGCAGAAAGGCCAGAAGAUGUCUCCAUGGUAUCUCAGACAUCUGAGCCAGCAGUGUCAGACUCUGAUGCUCAAGUACCUGGGGUUGAAACACUCACAGAAGAUAUUAAUGAGUUUCAGAGUGCUUCUCAAGUGGCAGCAUCUUCUCAGACGGUUUGGACCUUGGAUGCCGUGACUGUCAGACCUGGAGGUUCCCCAAGGCAGAAGCUCCUAAAGGACUCCUUAGCAGCAAAAGAACUUCAGACCAUGGAAAAACACCUAGCUGACAUUGAGAAGGACCUCGCACUGUGGGAAGAAGCAAGGCUCUCAAGAAGCCCUGGUGUCCAGCAUCCCAGUGUAGUUGCAUCUGACCAUCAAGGCAAUCUUCAAGCUGCACAGGGCCAAACCCCAAGGCCUCAGGUGCCAACUUCUACAGGGAAGAACAUUCAGCUCCAAGGAAACAAAUCACCACCGCUGCCCGCUAACAGCAGAACACAAGUCUCCAGUGUCACAAACAGCAGUGCACAAACCAACAGGCCAUCAGCUCCAGGGAGCAGACCUAUGACCCCAAAUAGCUUGUUGUCACGGCCUCUUACCCCUAGCAACCAAGGAAAUAGGGAAGGCAUUAUUAGCAUGCAAAGAAGCAGAUCUUUGUCAUCUAAGAGCCAAAUGGGGAGGACCCUCAGUGCUGCUUCAGGGCUUUCUGUGCAAGUGAGUGGAGAUGUUGUUGGAACUGUCACUACUCAGAGAAACAGUUUAUCAGAAGAUGAAUUCUUACAACAGCUUCAACUUGCUCAUCAACCUUGGAUAUUGCCGAGUGACACAGAAAGUGAAGUGGAAGCUGACCAAGACAAAUUAUCAGCAGCACAUGAGUGGAACUGCUCUGAUAUGUGGAUGCUGUAAUGCACUGAAGGAGAGUAUUUACUGUGGGAGAGUGGCCUUAGGAAAGAAGGGUAACUAUCACCUUUUAGUAUAAAUUUACUAUAAUAUUUUGUUUAGUUUCUACCCCUGUUGUUUUGGAUUGACAUUUGAUAAACUAAAUUCUGCCUGACCAAAACAAACUUUGCCUAAAGAUUGUAUGUAUUUUAACUUGUCUAAGGUUUUGUACUCCUUAUAUUUUUGUAAUCUUUGCUCUUUUUUAGAUUAAUAAACAUUGAAGUAUUUGCUGCAUCUGCCCAUGUGUAUGUCCCAUUCAGGUCUCACAGAGAGUUAGCUGUUCACUCAUAGUCACCUGCAGAGAGAGGUCAGACAGGGGAAUGAGUGAAAGAGUGUGUGUGGGUAGCAGAAACAGGUGCUGCUUGUGCUGCAUAGCUUUGUAUUGAAUUUAUCUACUUUGAUCUUUAAAACAAAUAAAGACUCUAUUAAAAAGGGGAACGUAAUAAGGAGUGGUGCAUGCAUGCAAAAAAUAAAGCACCUAAAGGAAUUUCAUAUAUUAUGAUGAAGUGUUAGUUACCCAUAUGGAUUACUGAAACAAACUUGCUGUUUAAAAUAUUUUAUCUGGUGUGUGCUGUCUGCUUGGAACUUUAGAAGAUGCUUUAGCACAGACAUCAAAUGAAGGGAUGUGGCUGUUGCAUUUACUGAUUUCAUUUACCUGUUAAUUCUGUCAAGUGUGUUUUCAGUUUUCUUUGUCUUCAAUUACGUAUGCUUGGGUCCUGUAUCUUAGACAGAAUAAUAUAAUGAAAUUGCUUGCAGCUAUUAAAAAAUGCAGUAUU